CCAGCAGCUGCCCCACUCGGGCAGGGACCUUGUCUGAGCUCACCGAGGAGCCGUCCAUGUCUGGCACUGAGGGCUCCAAGGUCCAUGACUGCAAGUAGAGAGACAGACACAUGAAACCCGUGCUGGGCGGCAGGUCCUGGGGGCUCGCUGCGCCCCCUCACCCAGGCCAUGAGACCAGCCGGCCCCCUCCCCAUCCCUUUUGAUUCAGCCGAGCCACAUACCCAACUGGGACUUUUCCUGAGGUCAAAGGGGGACUGCUCUGUCCUUGCCUAAGUGGACUCAUCAGGUGGCAGUGACAGUGUUGACGGGGACUCCAGGACUUAUCUGGUCAGUUUCCCACCGUCCUUGCUGGGUCUCUAUCUCAGCCAGUGCCCUCGGGCUAUUAAUAACGCAGAGGCUGAGAGUCAGGAGGAAGUGCAGCUCACACGGCAGGAAGCUCCGGGAGGGGGCAGAGCUGGUGCUGGAGACCCUCAGAGCCCAUCCGAAGCGGAAGGCACCUAGGCACAAGGCUGGCCUCCGGCCUCACCGGCUCCAUCUGGGGAAUGGGGCUAUGUAUGCAGAACCCGACCCAGAAGAGGAUCUGGGGGUCUCAGCCGUGGUGGUCCUCACUCAGGGAAUGAAUGAGGCCGUGGACCCCGUGCUGAAGGCCAUCAAGGAGGGUGACAAGGAGGGCCUGGAGGCCAUGAUCAAGGACGGGAAGAACCUGGCGGAGCCCAACGGGGAGGGCUGGCUUCCCCUGCACGAGGCCGCCUACUACGGCCAGCUGGGCUGCCUGCAGGUCCUGCAGCGAGCGUACCCGGGGGCCCUGGACCAGCGCACCCUGCAGGAGGAAACGGCCCUGUACCUGGCCACAUGCAGGUCACACUUGGACUGCGUCCUCUCGCUGCUCCAGGCCGGGGCCGAGCCUGACAUUUCCAACAAGUCCCGAGAGACUCCGCUCUACAAAGCCUGCGAGCGCAAGAACGCGGAGGCCGUGCGGAUCCUGGUGCAGCACAGGGCGGACACCAAUCACCGCUGCAACCGGGGCUGGACGGCGCUGCACGAGUCGGUGUCCCGCAACGACCUGGAGGUCAUGGAGAUCCUGGUGGGCGGGGGCGCCAAGGUGGAGGCCAAGAACGCCUACGGCAUCACCCCCUUGUUCGUGGCCGCGCAGAGUGGGCAGCUGGAGGCCCUGAGGUUCCUGGCCAAGCACGGCGCUGACAUCAACACGCAGGCCAGCGACAGCGCCUCGGCCCUGUACGAGGCCUGCAAGAACGAGCACGAGGACGUGGUGGCCUUCCUGCUGUCCCAGGGCGCCGACGCCAACAAGGCCAACAAGGACGGCUUGCUGCCCCUGCACAUUGCCUCCAGGAAGGGCAACUACAGAAUCGUGCAAAUGCUGUUGCCAGUGACAAGUCGCACGCGCGUGCGCCGGAGCGGCGUCAGUCCACUGCACCUGGCAGCAGAGCGCAACCACGACGCGGUGCUGGAGGCUUUGCUGGACGCGCGCUUCGACGUGAACACGCCGCUGGCGCCCGAGCGCGCGCGCCUCUACGAGGACCGCCGCACCUCCGCGCUCUACUUCGCGGUCGUCAACAAUAAUGUGUAUGCCACCGAGCUGCUGCUGCUGGCCGGCGCCGACCCCAACCGCGACAUCAUCAACCCACUGCUGGUGGCCAUCCGCCACGGCUGCCUGCGCACCAUGCAGCUGCUGCUGGACCACGGCGCCAACAUCGACGCCUACAUCACCACGCACCCCACCUCCUUCCCCGCCACCAUCAUGUUCGCCAUGAAGUGCCUGUCGCUGCUCAAGUUCCUCAUGGACCUCGGCUGCAACGGGGAGCCCUGCUUCUCCUGCCUGUACGGCAACGGCCCGCACCCGCCCACUCCGCAGCGCUCAGGCAGGUUCUACGAGGCGCCCGUGGACAAGGAGCCCAGCGUGGUCCAGUUCUGCGAGGUCCUAUCGGCACCAGAGGUGAGCCGCUGGGCGGGGCCCAUCAUCGAUGUCCUCCUGGACUACGUGGGCAACGUGCAGCUCUGCUCCCGGCUGAAGGAGCACAUUGACAGCUUCGAGGACUGGGCCAUCAUCAAGGAGAAGGCAGAACCUCCGAGACCCCUGGCUCACCUUUGCCGGCUGCAGGUUCGAAAGGCCAUUGGCAAGUAUCGCAUCAAACUCCUGGACACGCUGCCCCUCCCAGGGAGACUGAUCAGAUACCUGAAAUACGAGAACACCCAGUAAGGGCCUGGGAAGCCGAGUGGCCCCUCGCACAUGUUCUCCAAGUCUCAGGACGGUGGUGUCCCCACAUCCAGGAGCACCAGGGGCAGGACAAGGCUGCAGGCUGCCUCCCUCUUGGCUGGGACAGCCACCGUGUCUUGCCGGGUCUGUGCCCCAGCUUUGUCCAGAGCAGAGAGCACAGCACCCGGAGUCGGAGAAGAAUCAUCUGUUUUCAGACUGUGGAGUAGAGCCCAGACCUUCUCUGCCACUGGGAAUGAGGGGCGGGCUCCAUCCCGGAGCCUGGACAGAACUUGAGGGGGUCCGGGGAAGGUGGGGGCCAUAGCGACCCCUGGCCUCCACCUGAACUGUGCUGGAGGACUCCUAGGCACGGGCUCGCCUCUCUGGGAUGGGGUGACCUUGCUUCAGAGCAUUCCCCGUGCUCCCCCCACCACUUCGUGUAACCCCCCACUUGACCUCAACCUCUGAGCGGGGCCAGGACCAGGGAGGGGGUCCCUCGGUCUGGAGGGCUUCACUGAGCACAAUAAAUGCUGCACACAUGUCA